UAAUGAUCGAAGCCAUGUAUGACACGUUUGUUUGACGUCCCAGAUAAAAACAGGGGCAUUUAACUCUAACCGGCUUGAUUGAAAAGGCAAAGAAACUCUCUCUCACCAUUUCCUUCGUUGAAACACUGAAUUUCUCCUUGUAUCGAUGGAAGAUCGGGAGGGUUCUGUUUGUUCACAGCAAAGCACUGAUUCUGUCCGUUCGGUUUUAGCUGUGAUCCAUGGCCACUAUCAUCGAACCGAUCUCAAUUCUACUCAAUCCACUUCUAAACGUCCCAAAUUUUCACCAAUAUUUCCUACUCCUUGCGUAGACUUGAUCAGCGCUUUACCCGAUUUCCUCAUACAAGAAAUCCUUUCUUUUUUACCCAUUGAAGAUGCAAUUAGAACCAGUGUUUUAUCUCAAAGAUGGAAGCCUCUUUGGACUCAAAUACCAACCCUUUCCUUUAGUCAUAACUGCUUUUCUUUCAAGCUCGCUAAAUUCACUGACUUUGUUAACAAAACCCUGGACCACUUCAUUAGUCCUAAGAUAAAAAAUUUCAUGAUCAACUUCAAAUUCGAAGAGUCCAUGGCUGCUCGCCUUGACGAAUGGGUUCUUUUUGCUACAAGCCACCAUGUUGAAAAGCUUUCUCUGGUUUUUGAUGGAGGGUUGGUUUAUGCUCCAUUUGCUGAAUCUACGCCUUACAGGUUGCCUCAGUUUUUGUACAUUAAUUCAUCUUUGAAAGAUUUAACUUUAAGACAAUGUGUUGUCUCACCUGAAGCUGAAAGCCAUGUUUCUUGGCCAUCCCUUAAAGUUUUAUCUGUCAAUUAUUCCAGGUUGAAUAACGAGGCAAUCGAAAAUAUUGUGUCCGGUAGUCCGAAUUUGCAAAAAUUGAAAUUGCAUAACUGUGAAGGGAUUAAUCGAAUAAGUUCUAGGAGUUUGGAAGUUCUAGUGAUAAAUGCAAUCUAUGAUCCUUAUGAGAAACAUGAGUCAGUGACAGAGAUUUCAUGUCCAAAUCUUCAGUCAUUGAGCCUAUUGGGUUUUUUGUACCGGAGAACCUAUAGGUUGAUGCAUGUUUCAUCUUUGUCCAAAGCUAAUCUGAGUUUUGUAAUGACUAUUGACAAAAAAGACAAGUAUGAUUGCACAAAGCAUCGAGAUAUCUUGAGGGAACUGCUAGAAAAGCUUUGUCAUGUUGAGAAAUUGACCAUGGGGACUUGGUGCCUUCAGGUUUUAUCAAUAUGGGAAAUAAAGGGCAUAUCUUCUCCAUUGUCAAAACGCAACUGUUUGGUACUGGACACAGAAAUAUGCGAAUGGGAUCUUCCCGGGAUUGUGAGUCUGCUUCAAAGUUCACCUUAUCUGAAGAAACUAGUGAUAAAUUUAUCUCCCUGUGACAACUCUAAGUUUGAGUUUGAUCAGGAAUUUUUCGACUCUUACGAGUUUGAUGGAGUAAAAUUCCUGACUUCGGCUAACUGGAUUUUCAAGUGUUUUCUGCAAAGCCUAGAGGAUAUUGAGUUUACUGGUUUCCAGCCAAGUUCUUCAGGGUCUGAACUUUUAGUAAAAUUGAUGCAAUUUCUUCUGAAGAAUGCAAAAGUGCUCAAGAAGGUGGUUAUAUAUGAACAAAGUGGCUCCCUUCAUCAAUCCUGGAAAUCUUCUGGACCAAACAGGAAUAUGGGGAAUGCUAAGAGAAACCAGAUUAUAUCGACCAUAUCAAAGAGCAUUCCCCAAAUGCAAUAUUCCAGUAGAUAGUUCUACAGGGUUCAGUUUUUUUUCUCUUAAUUGAAAAUAGUUUUCCCUGAACUUCCUAGUUAGAAGUAUCUCAUCUUUUUACUGCAAGACAGUUUCUUGGAACAUCUGGACAAUAAUGGAAGUGUUGAAACUUAGCAGUAAGAAACUUGUUUAUAAUUAGAGGGAAUAUUUUCGAUUUACACUAGUAUUUAUUUCUAGUAAUUGGUAAAAGAAACCAAAGGAGAGUGGAGCGUGUGAUGUAUAUAAGAGACAGGCAUUAAGAAACCAGACAGCAAACAAAAUCAGCCUGCCUUGUAGUAUUGUUGAGCUUCUUGGUUUUGGCACUUGCCUGAACACAUGAGCUGACGAAAAAUAAUCCACGGCUUAACAAUGUCUACCAGCAGAAAUCUCCAAGACAAGCUCCAAAUAAUCAGGCUGGUAGUCGGUUCUAUGAUCAUGUUGUGAUUGUUGUUUGUUACCUGACUAAGAUUCCACAAUGAUCUUGCUAAUUGUGAAUUAUUUAUUUAUUUUAUUUUGGUUUCAAAAUUCACAUAUUAUAUGGUAUAGCGUUUUGGAUUUCAAUUCCUCGUAUGGAUGCUAAUAUUAA